AUGCAAGUGCGCGAUAAAUCUGAGCAGAAAGAAAUCUCCCCACGUAGUCUUCCGAAGCAAAAAUUUACAGAUGAAGAUGACCAGAAGCUUAGAAAUGUCAUUAAAGAGUUAGGCACAAAAAAUUGGUCAGAUAUUGCAGCCGCAAUGGGUAACAGAAACGCUCGACAGUGCAAGGAACGCUGGGAAAAUUAUUUAUCUCCAUCCAUCAAUAACACUCCCUUCACCCCUGAAGAAGAUGCCUUAUUAUUAGAAAAACAGAAAGAAAUUGGAUCUAAAUGGGUUACGAUGAAAAAUUACUUCGAUAGAAGAACCGACGCUGCCCUUAAAAAUAGAUGGCAGAUGCUGAUUCGAAAACAGAAAAAAUUACAAAAUAUUAGCAUGAAAAAAUCUGCAGCGAACAAAAGGAGAAUGCCUAAAUUCGAAUUCCCAACCCCAAUUAAUAUAGAGAGCCCGAAUACAAAGCAAACUCCAAUAAAUAUCGAGAUCGUUUUCCAAGAUAUUGACCAGGAUAGUCCCUCUAUUCUUGGCCCAGAUUGUUCCGAGUUUUCUGUGCAAUCUUUAGCCCCAGAUAUGUUAUUUACAAUCGAUUUAUAA